UCUGUCACCAUCUUCCUUUCCAAACAGAACAAUAACUGCACUCCUCUGCUCGUGUUGCUUUCCCUCCAAGAAAGAGAUUUCUGCAUUGCAUUUCCGCUUCUUAUCUUAUCAGGUAGUUUUCUAGUUCACCAAUGGAUUCAGACAAACCAGAUAAGACCACCAAGAGAGGAAGAGGAAGGAGUGCCGGAGAGAGAAAGAAGCCGGUUUCGAAGUCGACGAAAGCGGGUCUGCAGUUUCCGGUUGGCCGUGUAGGGCGAUAUUUGAGGAAGGGACGAUAUGCCCAGAGAUAUGGUACUGGGGCCCCAAUCUUUCUUGCCGCGGUUCUUGAGUAUCUAGCGGCUGAGGUCUUGGAGCUUGCUGGCAACGCAGCUCGCGACAACAAGAAAACGAGGAUCAACCCGAGGCACCUUCUCCUCGCAGUGAGAAACGAUGAGGAGUUAGGGAAGCUGUUACAGAAUGUGACUAUUGCGAGCGGCGGCGUCCUGCCUAAUAUCAACCCGGUCUUGCUGCCCAAGAGAGCUUCCUCUUCUGAAACCGACAAGACUCCCUCUACGUCCAAAACCAAGUCGCCGAAAAAGGCUGAUAAGAAAUAGACGAAGAAAAAUGGAUAGAUUUACUGUACUUUUUGUUUGGUUUAGUGGAAAAUGAAGAGAAAAACUCUUGUAUAUCUUUUCUAUGGAAGUUUCAGUGUUAGCA